AUGGUGCAGCAAAAUCAGUUUGGGGGUGCUGCAAUAGAAGACCCAAAUGCUCAUCUUGGAUCCUUUUUGGAAAUUUGUGACAUGGUGAAGAUGAAUGGGGUUACUAAAGAUGCAAUUAGACUCUGCCUAUUCUCAUUCUCUUUAAGGGAUAAAGCAAAGGCUUGGUUCCAGUCACUACCAUAUGGCUCAAUUACACUUGGGAUGAUUUGGCUCAGAAAUUCCUCACCAAGUACUUUCCACCUUCUAAAUCAGCUCAACUUCGCGAAAUGGGUGCAAAUUGAGAUAUUUUAUAAUGGGCUAAAUGAGCAGACAAGGACUAUGGUAGAUGCAGUUGUGGGAGGCAUUUUAAUGGCUAAAAUAGUAGAGGCUACAUAUGCUUUAUUGGAUGACAUAGCUACCAACAGUUACCAAUGGCCAAGUGAGAGAUCGGGUGUAAAGAAAGUAGCAGGACUUCAUGAAGUGGAUCCCAUCAUCGCACUAGCAGCUCAGGUUGCAUCACUCACAAAUCAGAUAGUCACGCUUACCACUCAAGAUCAACAGAAGGUAGAUUCAGUCAUGAGUACUUCUUCAUCACACCAAGAGACAGAGGUUGCAAACGAGCAGGCCCAAUAUGUCAAUAGUAGAAACUACACUCAAAGAGGAAGCUACCAAGCUAAUCACUAUCAUCCAGGGUUGAGGAAUCACGAGAACUUGUCAUAUGGCAACAAUAGAAACACACUUCAACCUCCACCCGGAUUCAACACUCAGAAUUCUGAUGGGAAACCACCCUUGGAAGACAUCCUUGGGACGUUCAUUUCUGAGACAAGAUCACGCUUCAACAAAGAUGAAUCACGGUUGGGUAAAAUUGAAACACAUGUGUCCAACAUGGGAGCCACAAUGAAGAAUCUUGAAGUGCAAAUUGGCCAAUUGGCUACCUCAAUGAAGUCUCAGCAAAAAGGAAAAUUUCCAAGUGAUACAGAGGUCAAUCCAAAGGAGCACUGUAAAGCUGUUGUAUUAAGGAGUGGCAAGCAAGUUGGAGAAAGUGAACCCACCGAAGAUAGCAACCCCACACCUGAUAAGGAGAAAGAACAAGUAGUAGAAGAGCAAGAAAAGCAAGCCAAAGGAACAAAUAAGGCUCACGGAACUUACUCCAUAUCCUUCCCUGACAACCCACCAAUUCUCACACUACCACUUCCAUUUUCACAGCAUGCUUUGGAACAAAUGCCAAAUUAUGCAAAGUUUAUGAAGGAAGUGAUGUCAAAGAAGCGAAAAUUGGAAGAAUAUGAAACAAUAAAAUUGACAGAAGAAUGCAGCGCUAUUCUUCAAAAGAAACUUCCUCAGAAGAGAAAAGAUUCGGGCAGCUUCACUAUUCUAUGCACCAUUGGAAGCUCUUCCUUUGAAAAGGCCCUCUAUGAUCUAGGAGCAAGCAUCAACCUAAUGCCGUUAUCAGUAUUUAAGAAGUUAGGCCUCGGGGAAGUCAAGCCAACAACAGUGACUCUACAACUAGCUGAUAGGUCCCUCACUUACCCACGAGGCAUUAUUGAAGACGUGUUAGUAAAGGUCGACAAAUUUAUCUUCCUAGUUGAUUUUGUGGUACUGGAUAUGGAAGAAGAUCAGGAAUUUCCACUGAUUUCAGGCAGGCCAUUUUUAGCAACUGGAAGAGCAUUAAUUGAUGUGCAAUGA